GUUGUCACGUAGGUGACGUAAUAAUAUUAAUUUACAUCUAAAGAGGAAAAUUUAUAAAUCAUUAUCUCUCACAUAAUCUCCAUUUUCAUAAAUAUUUCAAACCCCACAAAAAAAAAAUCAAGAAACAAAAGUUUCUCACGUAUCGAAAGAUCUUCUCUCAUCUUCCUCCGAUGUAUCAAAUCUUCUUCUUCUUUCUUUCACUCCUCCAUAGUUAUCACUAUGUCUCUGCUCAGCCUCCUCCUCCGUUCAGAAACGGCGACCUAGUCGCCAAUUUCGAGCCGAGUUUAGCCGUCGUCACCGGAGUUCUCGCCAUCAUGUUCGCACUCACUUUCGUCCUCCUCGUCUACGCUAAGUGCUGCCACAUAGAUCUCCGGUCAGGUACCGACGACAGAAGAAGACACAAUCGUCGGCUUCGUCAAGGAAUAUUCUUCAACCGGUCAACGGCCUCAUCGGAUCGAUUCUCCGGUUUAGACAAAGCAGCAAUCGAGUCUCUUCCUCUGUUUAGGUUCUCUGCUUUGAAAGGAUCAAAACAAGGGCUUGAGUGUUCUGUUUGUUUGUCUAAAUUCGAAAGUGUUGAGAUUCUUAGAUUGUUGCCUAAAUGUAGACACGCUUUCCACAUAGGUUGUAUCGAUCAGUGGCUUGAGCAGCACGCGACGUGUCCUCUCUGCAGAGAUAAAGUCUCAAUGGAAGAAGAUCCCUCUGUUUUCAAUUACGGAAACAGGUUCAGGUUCUUGAAUCAGUCUGAGGUUGGAGAAGAUUCGAGCUUGGAGCUUUACAUCGAGAGAGAAGAAGAAGAAGAAGAGAGAAGACAAAGACAAGAACUUGGUGGGUCGUCGAGAUUUAGCAUAGGAGGGAGUUUUCGGAAGAUUCUGAAGUUAGGUAACAAAGAGAAAACGUUACUUGAUCAACAAGUGAAUGAUAAAGAUGAUAAGAAGCUGAUGCAUAAGUUCAAUCAUAGGAUCAUUGUGUCGGAUGUUGUGUUUAAGAAUCGUUGGAGCAACGUGAGUUCAUCGGAUUUGAUGUUUUUGAACUCAGAGAUGGUUAAUUCGAUUUCUAGCGAGAGAUUCUCGUCGAUGGAUCGAGUCAAGAGGAAAGGGGAUGAAGAGGAUCAGAUAGGUAUCUUGGGGAUCAAGGAAGAGAUGGAAGCGAAGAGAUUGUUGGAGAACAAGCUCACUUCAAUGAAAACUAUGUUAUUGUCGGAAAACGGAGACUCUAGUUCGAAAUCUAGAAGCGUUAUGAUAGAACCGGGAAGAAGAUCAGUGUCUGAGAUCACUACGGUUCCUAGACAUAGUAUUGCGGUUCAUGGAGAUUGCAGUGGUUCAACCGCAGCCACUGCGUCUGCGUUACAAACCGGAGGGAAUGAGACGGAAGAGAGAAGACGGCGUUUGUGGCUGCCGAUCGCUAGAAGAACAGCUCAAUGGUUUGCUAACAGAGAAAAAAGACAUCAAACUAACACAACACACCAACACUUUGAUGUAUAGUUUAGUUUCUUUAUUUUUCUUCAAGAAUUGCAAUUCUUUGUCAGAUUCAAAUUUUUCUUUAGCUUUUUUUUAUUUUUUUGUUAUUGACCUGACAAUUCGAGAUUAUGUUUAGAGAAGAAUUCUAAUAAAGUUAUACUCCAUGGUAGUUAGAUCAACAGAAAAUGGUUUGUGUAAGUAAAUAAGAUGGGUUUAUAAAUAAACAAAGCUUUGACUCUCAUAAUAUAUUAAUUGGUUGAAUUAUUGCAGGAUUUUAUUUUUAAAAGAGCACAAUAAUUGUUUUCAAUAAGUAGAACAUGUCAGCUUACCUGGUUACAGAAGCAACCACACCCAUUUUCAAAAUAAAAUGAACUACCCCUUGGUUUUGUCUCUAGAUAGUUGUGUUAUUUGGUUUUGGACUAACAUUACUAAAACAUGUAUAUAAUUACAAAAAUACAUAUUAGUAGUUGGUCAACUAACUACUAACUAUGUUAUUUUAAUUUUCAUAACAAAUAUAUAUACAAAUUUAUUCAUUAAUAAACAUCUCAAUUUGAAAGGAAGAAAAAAUUAG